AAGAGUUACGAGUUGAAUGUAACAGUAGCUAACUUAAAAGAAAGAAAGAGGAAAAAAACACAAAUGCAUUAUUGACUCAGUUGAAUGAAUCAAUUAUUAUCCUUCCAAACCCCCCCUUUGGAUCUCUUCUCUAUCUUACAUCAAUUGGCGUUUCCGCAUCUCUCAGGACUCAUACAAGACAUUCUCUAGAAGCAUAAUAUCAACUCCCAACAGCGUUUCGAAGCUUAACCAGGUUCUUAUGCGCCUUUCGGAAUCAUGAUUGAAGUAAAGCGACCAGGUUCUUCCACAAGGAUCACCACAACACUCCUUGACUCCUUGAUGAUUCUCUUCAGAAACAAACACAUUUUACUCCCAGUCUUCGUCUUUAUAGCCAUCCCUCUCUCUGCCUUGCAUCUCUCCUUAACUCUCACCUCCUUUCGUCUCAAAAACCAUGUCUUUCGCUUAGAAGCCUUAGCCAACGUUGUCCACACACGGUUCGAAGCUAGACAGAUAUGGGAAGAGUCUAGAGAAGACGCUGUCUCUCUUCUCCGUCUCAAAUCUCGGUACUUCGUCCCGUCUUUCAUCCUCUCCUGUAUCGUCUCCAUAGCCGUCAUCACAUCAACUUCCUUCUCGCACCAGGGCCUGAACCCAUCUCUGAAGUCGUCGUUUGCUUCGGUGAAGUCCUCGUGGAUGCGAGUCACAGCGACUUCCAUCGUUGUCUACGGUCUGCUCUUCCUCUACUCACCAGUUCCCAUGUUUCUAUCUGCUAUCUUCGGUUACACACCUACGCUGCGUCACCUCAUCACAUUCCUGAGUCUCGGCGUUGAGGUAUACAUAAUGGCUAUAACAGGGCUUGGCCUUGUGGUCUCUGUGGUAGAAGAAAGGUACGGUUUUGAUGCGGUUAAGGAAGGAAUGGCAUUGAUGAAAGGGAGGAGGAUAACGGGGUUGGCUUUGGCGGGUGUGUUUGUGUUUUUAUCGAGUUUCAUUGGUCAUGGGAUGGAGAAGCUGGCGAAGGAGCUCGAUGUGGAUUCCAGCUCAGGGUCGUGGUGGAGGUCUGUGGUUGUGUCCGGUGGGUGGGAUGGGUGGAAACUGGUGUGUAUGUAUGGUGCUGAGGUGGUGGUGAGUUAUGUUGUAGUCACUGUUUUUUACUGUGAGUGUAGGAAACGUCAUGGGAACAAUGAUCCAGAUCUUGCUGAUGAAGAGGGUCUAGCUAUUUAAGUUUAGCUGCAGCACUUUUGUUGUUGUUAAAUUCUCUUUGUGAAUUUGUGAUAUACAUUUUUGUUACAUUCAUCUGCAAAAUAAAAAUCAAAUGAUGUUAUUCAGUUCA